UCUCUCUUUUUGUUUGUUUGUUUGUUUGUUUGUUUGUUUGUUUGUUUGUUUGUUUUUUGUUUGUUUGUUUGUUUUUAACUUGCGAUAACCACGUUUCCUUAAAAAAAAAAACCCUGCAAACUUCAGGAUUAGUUCUAGGAUGAUUUUGAAGAUAAUGGAAGCAGACACGAGCUCGUUGACAACUUUUAGUGACUUCGCACCAUGUCAAAAACGUCAGAUCAGUUUGAAAACUCAGACUGCGUGUGCUCGUUCGGAAUGAAGCUAACCUGGGAUAUCAACGACCCUAAACUUCCUCAGGACACGAAGCAGUACGAUGCGUUUCAGGAGUGGACAGAUGGUUAUGUUCGGUACAUAUACAGUGCCGAAGACAAAAACGCCCAGCGCCACUUGAGCGGUUGGGCCAUGCGCAACACCAAUAACCACAACUGUCAAAUCCUGAAGAAAUCGUGCUUGGGUGUCGUGGUUUGCUCCAGAAACUGCACACUGGCAGACGGCACCAAACUCCAAUUGCGGCCUGCUAUUUGUGAUAAAGCCCGCCAGAAGCAGCAAAAAAAGCUUUGUCCAAACUGCAGCUCAGCUCUCGAGUUGGUUCCGUGUCGUGGCCAUAGUGGUUAUCCGGUCACCAAUUUCUGGAGAGUGGACGGCAAGGCCAUAUUCUUCCAGGCUAAAGGCGUUCACGAUCACCCGCGACCCGAGAGCAAAUCGGAAACGGAGGCGAGGAGAAGCGCAGUAAAGAGGAGGAUGGCUUCCCCUCACUUCUCGCAGAAAAGGAGACUUGUAGAACCAGAGCCUGGCCGUUACCAUGAUAUGCCCUUUCCCAACAUCCACCAGCUCACCAUGGAGACCCCAGAUCGCUUCAGCAUCAUUGCUGAAUCCAAUUUCCCCAUCCAGACACAGCACUACACGCCGUUCCAGAACACAGAGCCUUACAAGUUCCCCUAUGACACACAUGGCCCAACAGCCAUGGCUGAUGCUGCAAGCCCUCUGCAGAAGCCUUCUAACCACCGCCUGUACAUGGCAAGACCCCCAUGCGGAUAUGACUUUGCUGUGCCAGGCUACCUCAGCUCUGCACCCUACCCCACAGCACUGUAUAAAGACCCUGCCAGCCCUCACAGUGAGACUGACCUCAAUAAAAGUUGCUCUGGCCUGAGUGGGAUGCCUCACACAACCAGCUCACUACCAAACCAUGAACGCUCUUAUCCAGAUGCCACCACCAAGCAUCAUAGCUGGAAGCAGAUCCUGGGCAAAGGGCCAUAUGGAGAGAGAGGGGAAUACCCACAGCUUUCUGCCAACGCCAACCACUAUUACAACACAGAAUACCCAUGCAGGUACACAGGGCCCUCUCCAACUACUCCGACGGCCCUUCAGACCAUUAUAACCACCACCACUAAAGUGUCCUACCAGCCCUGUCCUAAACCAUCUGUGGUAAAAUAUGGUGAGAGUAUCUAUGAUAUGAAGGGCCUGUCAAACUGUAACUCUCUUCUAGAGGAGAACUCCCCCAAUUCCUACUCUGACUUGAAAAUCCCAGAGGAUUCAAGUGUCAUAAAAACAGCUCUGUCCUACCAGGACACAGUCCCCACAAAAAUUGAAAGAAGUGAGAACUUUGAAGGCUACCGUUACAGCAGCUACAGCUCCAGCAGCUGCCCUGAGAGACUGGCACAUCCAUACAGGUAUGAAGGUGGAGAGUACUGAUCUACUGCUUCAGUGCUAAUUAUUAGGAAAUGAGAUCAGAAGAUGAGAAAAGAAGACUGUUUUGCUGAUGAUUUGAGUAAGCCAAAGAAAACCUGGGUAAAAUGUCUAUCAUACUUUCCUUCAUUGUAUAUAUUCAUAACUAUUUAUAAAUAGUAUUCAAAAUUUUAGAUGAAAAGGUAUUUGUGUAGUUACCUGAUCCACAUUUGAUCAAAUGUACAACAGAAAACAUUUCAUUAUAUUGCUGAUUUAGCCAGAGUUAAAUGGAUGAUGGUAAAUGUUGAAUAAAAAAUGCAUUUUGUAUGUUUGUAAAUUAUGAGGAGUGGUCUACUGGAAUCUGAUGAUAUAUAAAGCCUUCAUUUUAACUCAAAUUAAUGUGACACCAAGUUGUUCAGAAUGGAUGCUCAGUAUUUUCCCGUAAUCUAUAAAUAAAAGCUAAAAGUGUAA